ACUCCUCUUCCGGGAAAGCGGUGUCUUGGUUUGCUCACGUCCGCAGCAGCAGCCCAUAGAGAGGACAUGAUGGCGGCGUUUGGCAGGUUGUCCGGUGUUCUUGGUCGCUCCUUGGUUAGCCGGGGCCGCUUGUAUUCUGCAGCUGCAGACGCAGAGCACGGAGAUGCAGCCCGGACAUGGAAGAUCCUCACCUACGUGGUAGCCCUGCCCGGCGUGGCCGUCUGCAUGCUGAACGUGUUUCUGAAACAUCAGCAACAUCACGAGGAUGAGAGACAAGAAUUUGUGCCCUACGAUCACCUCCGGUUCCGGACCAAGAAAUUUCCCUGGGGAGAUGGAACAAAGAGUCUUUUCCACAACGCUCACGUAAAUGCUCUUCCAGACGGCUAUGAAGAGCAUGGACACGACCAUUAGCCUUUUUAAAUGUUUUCUAGACCAAUAUGUUGAAUGGGCCCACAUAAUAUGAAGGGAUCAGGCUGCUUAUUUAAAUUUAAACCUGACCUAUAUUAACAGUAGAGGUCACUUAAAUAAAGCUUAUGGCUUGUUCUAAAA